AUGUGUUUGGACAUGACAUGUGGAUCCCCGAGUAUUUCAAGCCCAAUUGCACCAAGCAGCCCAACGGCGCUGCCUCUAUGGUCGCCGUUACUAGCUUUGCAAGCAUGUCGUUUACGCAGGUAUCUUAGUGAUGAUUGCAUGGCCUAUCAAAGCCGCCAUUUACUUCACUCUGAAAGGCGACGGUGCGGCGUUUGCCUUGCUUCAUUCCCCUCUACCUGGCUAUUAGAACGUCAUGCCGCUCUACAACACGCAUCUCAAGCGUCUACUGAUGAUAAACCAUUCGUUUGUGAACAAUGCGGGCAAAGUUAUAGAUACAGAUCUGCCUACGUAAAGCAUAGAGAACAAAAUCAUAGAGCGAGACUACCGGCUGACAAACUUUUCACUUGUGAUGUAUGCGGCAUGCAAUUCCGAUACCUGAAGUCUUUCAAGAAACAUCGUCUCAAUCAUACUCUUGAGCGACUUCACACUAAGAAUACCGACCCACCGGAAGGAAUAGAGCAAGUGUCGAGCACUAACGAAGUGUUAAUUGGACAGUGUGGGGAAAUGGAUUUGUCAAUGAAGAAAAAGAACAAAAGUGACGUUAGGACCCCACCUAUAGAAAUAAUAGAUGGCGAGCAAGAUAGCACAGUAGAUUCGAAUGGAGCCACUGACUCUAUUGUUACUGUCGACGAUUCAAAUGAUUGUAAAAAUUCUAGCGCUGAAAGCGAAACUAAAAAGGAUGAUUCCGUCACAAAUGAGAGAAGACGCGUUCCCGUAUCAUUCGCCAGCGUUAGCUCUAUGGCAGACAGCUCUGAAAGCGAAUCCCGCGGAGACAACAGUAAAUUGGAAAGCCCCAGCUCACAUUCCGGGAUAUUGGGAUUCCUGCAAAAUGACGACCGACAGCGUGACAGGGAAAGGAGAUUUGCAUGCCCGUUUUGCGGCAAAUGUGUACGGUCGAAAGAGAAUUUGAAGCUGCAUGUAAGGAAGCACACUGGGGAGCGUCCGUUCGUGUGUCUGUUCUGCGGUCGAGCGUUUGGUGGGAAGAGUGAUUUGACUCGUCACUUACGUAUCCAUACCGGGGAAAGGCCCUACCAUUGCGAGGCAUGCGGUAAGUGCUUCGCGAGGGCCGACUAUCUGUCGAAACACCUCACAACUCACGUACAUAACGCACGC